UUGGUGUAACGGUUAUGCGCGGGCGGCGGUCUGACCAUGUUACAAGAAUGCUACAGAGCGCACUGUAGCAUUCUGUAGUGAAUUACGUUGGUACCUCGCCCAAUCAGAUUCAGCUCCGAACAAGGCGCCAAGAAAACGCCUUUUCGCCUAUGAUCCGAAUAUGCUGACUUUGGAAACAGAAGACCAUCGUUAUAGCAUCACCAACAUCCCCCAAUCACUCGCGCCCAUCCCUCGAAUAUGACCGUAGUCUUAAAUAAUCCCAGUUGGUGGCCGCUGAUCGAUUUGAAUGUGUUUCUCAGCUAUUGGACAGUUGCCGCUGGCGUCGUGGUGAUAUACGAUUGGGUACUAACACUAGGACAAGAGAUUGAACUGAUCUGGAGGCAACGCUGGUCUCUCAUGACUUUGUUGUAUUUGGUCAUACGCUAUGUUGGAAUACCAUUUUCUGUCGCCUAUGUUUUGUCAAGCAUACCAUUGAUGUCGUUGACAGAUGCAGUGAGCAAUAUUACGAACUACAUAAUGAAUGUGACAAACGUGGUCAUAGCCGCCACGUUGGGCAUUGUGAUGAUUGCUCGCUUAUAUGCCAUGUAUCAGGGAUCUAGAAUGAUGCUUAUUUUCCUUGUGAUUAUCUUCCUGGCUGUAAACAUCGCCUGCGGAGUAAUCGCGGGAAUAGUACUGAAGCAUUUUGUAGGGGAUGAGUGGAUAAUGUCUGGUACAUAUAUGUGCAAUGCCCAAUACGAGGGGGACGGCGUGCUUCUUAUUUCAAUGGUUUGGGUGCUCAACACUGUUUGGGAGAUCCUCGCACUGUGUCUUUCAGUCUGGAUUGCUGUGAAACACUUCCGUAACCUGCGACGGCUCGGCCCGUCGACAGGAUCGAAAAUUGGGGACUAUUUCAGAGUCCUGAUACAAUCUCACGUGCUUUAUUUUGCGAGCUUCGUUUGUGUCUCUUGCCUCCAGAUUGCUUUUUUCUUUCCAGAGCUCCAGAAUUCACAUUCGACGAUAACUGAGAUACUCGAAGGUGCUCUUCAAAUUUUAUUGGUCGUGCAGAUGUUUGUGCUGGGACCACGCCUCAUCCUUAGCGUUCGACAAUGUCAUGCUAAACUCGUGGCCGGAUCCGAUUUAGAAACUAGAAUGAAUUUGAUUGUCUUCCAGGAUCGUGUACAUGUAUCAACUAGCAUUACCCUGUAGGGAAAUGCUUGGCGAGUGGCCUGCAGGGAGGUGGACGAUGAUCCGUCGUAAUAUUUAUUUAACAUAUGGUGUUUCGAGGUAUAUUUGAAAAGUCCGGGCAAACCUACAUAUUUCUUGUUGUAUCAGUACUGAAACAAAGUACCCGCGCUUGAACUAAGUGGUAAGCUGAAAUUAUCCGGAAGGACUAGCAACUAAAGUGCCUUGGCAGCUGAUUCUGCAUGUUUGUGGAGUUCCACUGUCUUCAUGUAUAGAUGAAGAAGUGACUGUGAAUCGUG